UAAGAAAUAGUCCCCAACCGCACUGCCGCGGAGGGAUCGCGCGGACGGGGCGGGGCUUGCGAGGAUUAUAUAAGGGGACCCCAGGGAUUGCGCCGCCAGUUUCGUCGAGAUCGCGCGUCCCGUCUCUUCUGUGAGGACUUGUCGCAGCCACCGCUGACAAUGCAGAUCUUCGUGAAAACCUUAACUGGUAAAACCAUCACCCUAGAGGUCGAGCCCAGUGACACCAUUGAGAAUGUCAAGGCAAAGAUCCAGGACAAGGAAGGCAUCCCCCCUGACCAGCAGAGGCUGAUCUUUGCGGGCAAGCAGCUGGAAGAUGGCCGCACCCUGUCCGACUACAACAUCCAGAAGGAGUCUACUCUGCACCUGGUCCUUCGCCUCAGAGGUGGGAUGCAGAUCUUUGUGAAGACCCUGACAGGCAAGACCAUCACCCUGGAGGUCGAGCCCAGUGACACCAUUGAGAAUGUCAAGGCAAAGAUCCAGGACAAGGAAGGCAUCCCCCCUGACCAGCAGAGGUUGAUCUUUGCGGGCAAGCAGCUGGAAGAUGGCCGCACCCUGUCCGACUACAACAUCCAGAAAGAGUCCACUCUGCACCUGGUCCUUCGCCUCAGGGGUGGGAUGCAGAUCUUUGUGAAGACUUUGACAGGCAAGACCAUCACCCUGGAGGUCGAGCCCAGUGACACCAUUGAGAAUGUCAAGGCAAAGAUCCAGGACAAGGAAGGCAUCCCCCCUGACCAGCAGAGGUUGAUCUUUGCGGGCAAGCAGCUGGAAGAUGGCCGCACCCUGUCCGACUACAACAUCCAGAAAGAGUCCACUCUGCACCUGGUCCUUCGCCUCAGGGGUGGGAUGCAGAUCUUUGUGAAGACUUUGACAGGCAAGACCAUCACCCUGGAGGUCGAGCCCAGUGACACCAUUGAGAAUGUCAAGGCAAAGAUCCAGGACAAGGAAGGCAUCCCCCCUGACCAGCAGAGGCUGAUCUUUGCGGGCAAGCAGCUGGAAGAUGGCCGCACCCUGUCCGACUACAACAUCCAGAAGGAGUCCACUCUGCACCUGGUCCUUCGCCUCAGGGGUGGGAUGCAGAUCUUUGUGAAGACUUUGACAGGCAAGACCAUCACCCUGGAGGUCGAGCCCAGUGACACCAUUGAGAAUGUCAAGGCAAAGAUCCAGGACAAGGAAGGUAUCCCCCCUGACCAGCAGAGGCUGAUCUUUGCGGGCAAGCAGCUGGAAGAUGGCCGCACCCUGUCCGACUACAACAUCCAGAAGGAGUCCACUCUGCACCUGGUCCUUCGCCUCAGAGGUGGGAUGCAGAUCUUUGUGAAGACCCUGACAGGCAAGACCAUCACCCUGGAGGUCGAGCCCAGUGACACCAUUGAGAAUGUCAAGGCAAAGAUCCAGGACAAGGAAGGCAUCCCCCCUGACCAGCAGAGGCUGAUCUUUGCAGGCAAGCAGCUGGAAGAUGGCCGCACCCUGUCCGACUACAACAUCCAGAAGGAGUCCACUCUGCACCUGGUCCUUCGCCUCAGGGGUGGGAUGCAGAUCUUUGUGAAGACCCUGACAGGCAAGACCAUCACCCUGGAGGUCGAGCCCAGUGACACCAUUGAGAAUGUCAAGGCAAAGAUCCAGGACAAGGAAGGCAUCCCCCCUGACCAGCAGAGGCUGAUCUUUGCAGGCAAGCAGCUGGAAGAUGGCCGCACCCUGUCCGACUACAACAUCCAGAAGGAGUCCACUCUGCACCUGGUCCUUCGCCUCAGGGGUGGGAUGCAGAUCUUUGUGAAGACCCUGACAGGCAAGACCAUCACCCUGGAGGUCGAGCCCAGUGACACCAUUGAGAAUGUCAAGGCAAAGAUCCAGGACAAGGAAGGCAUCCCCCCUGACCAGCAGAGGCUGAUCUUUGCAGGCAAGCAGCUGGAAGAUGGCCGCACCCUGUCCGACUACAACAUCCAGAAGGAGUCCACUCUGCACCUGGUCCUUCGCCUCAGAGGUGGGAUGCAGAUCUUUGUGAAGACCCUGACAGGCAAGACCAUCACCCUGGAGGUCGAGCCCAGUGACACCAUUGAGAAUGUCAAGGCAAAGAUCCAGGACAAGGAAGGCAUCCCCCCUGACCAGCAGAGGCUGAUCUUUGCAGGCAAGCAGCUGGAAGAUGGCCGCACCCUGUCCGACUACAACAUCCAGAAAGAGUCCACUCUGCACCUAGUCCUUCGCCUCAGGGGUGGGAUGCAGAUCUUUGUGAAGACUUUGACAGGCAAGACCAUCACCCUGGAGGUCGAGCCCAGUGACACCAUUGAGAAUGUCAAGGCAAAGAUCCAGGACAAGGAAGGCAUCCCCCCUGACCAGCAGAGGCUGAUCUUUGCGGGCAAGCAGCUGGAAGAUGGCCGCACCCUGUCCGACUACAACAUCCAGAAGGAGUCCACUCUGCACCUAGUCCUUCGCCUCAGAGGUGGGAUGCAGAUCUUUGUGAAGACCCUGACAGGCAAGACCAUCACCCUGGAGGUCGAGCCCAGUGACACCAUUGAGAAUGUCAAGGCAAAGAUCCAGGACAAGGAAGGCAUCCCCCCUGACCAGCAGAGGUUGAUCUUUGCGGGCAAGCAGCUGGAAGAUGGCCGCACCUUGUCCGACUACAACAUCCAGAAAGAGUCCACUCUGCACCUGGUCCUUCGCCUCAGAGGUGGGAUGCAGAUCUUUGUGAAGACCCUGACAGGCAAGACCAUCACCCUGGAGGUCGAGCCCAGUGACACCAUUGAGAAUGUCAAGGCAAAGAUCCAGGACAAGGAAGGCAUCCCCCCUGACCAGCAGAGGCUGAUCUUUGCGGGCAAGCAGCUGGAAGAUGGCCGCACCCUGUCCGACUACAACAUCCAGAAAGAGUCCACUCUGCACCUAGUCCUUCGCCUCAGGGGUGGGAUGAAGAUCUUCGUGAAGACCCUGACAGGCAAGACCAUCACCCUGGAGGUCGAGCCCAGUGACACCACUGAUAAAGUCAAACAGGAAGAUGGACGUACCUUUCUCACCACAGUAUCUAGAAAGAGCACUCACUGUGCUUGUUCUUGGGCUUGAGGGGGAGGUGCCUUAGUUUCCCCUAUCUUUUAAGCUGUUAGCCAGUUUCCUUGCACUUUGAAUAAAGUAUUGCAUUCCCAAAA